GCAGCCCGGGGCUCGGCGCACAGUGGGCAGCAGGCAGGCGGCAGGCGCAGGGAAGCUUCUCCUCCUGCUCCUCCGGCUCGGGUUCCGCUCCUUCGCCCCGGAGACGUGCUCCAGCUGCCCCGGCCGCCUCGCCGCGCCCCAGCCCAUCCCGCCGGGCCACUCGGAGGGCAGCUAGUCAGAGCUCAAAGUUGCCCGGCGCUCCGAGAGAGAGCUCGGGCUGCAGCAGCCCCGCCGGCGCACUCUGCAACUUUGCAAAGAGCAGCAGUCCCCGCAGCGGACGGCAGCAACGGCAAUGACUCCCUGGCUUGGACUCGUAGUGCUCCUGGGCAGCUGGAGCCUGGGGGACUGGGGCGCCGAGGCGUGCACAUGCUCGCCCAGCCAUCCCCAGGAUGCUUUCUGCAACUCUGACAUCGUGAUCCGGGCCAAAGUGGUGGGGAAGAAGCUGGUGAAGGAAGGGCCCUUUGGCACACUGGUCUACACCAUCAAGCAGAUGAAGAUGUACCGAGGCUUCACUAAGAUGCCCCAUGUGCAGUACAUCCACACGGAAGCCUCCGAAAGUCUCUGUGGCCUUAAGCUAGAGGUCAACAAGUACCAGUACCUGCUGACAGGCCGUGUCUAUGAUGGCAAGAUGUAUACCGGGCUGUGCAACUUUGUGGAGAGGUGGGACCAGCUCACACUGUCCCAGCGCAAGGGGCUUAACUACCGCUACCACCUGGGCUGCAACUGCAAGAUAAAGUCCUGCUACUACCUGCCUUGCUUUGUGACCUCCAAGAACGAGUGUCUCUGGACCGACAUGCUCUCCAAUUUCGGCUACCCUGGCUAUCAGUCCAAACACUACGCCUGCAUCCGGCAGAAGGGUGGCUAUUGCAGCUGGUACCGAGGAUGGGCUCCCCCAGACAAGAGCAUCAGCAAUGCCACAGACCCCUGAGCCCAGAUCUGCCCCGCUUCACCUCCCUCCCUUCCCGCUGAGUCUCCCGGACACUAACUCUUCCCAGAUGAUGACAAUGAAAUUAGUGCCUGUUUUCUCGCAAAUUUAGCACUUGGAACAUUUAAAGUCUCUGCUGUCUAUGGAGUUGAUUUGGAACUACCCUCCCGGCCUUCCGGCCUUGCCCCUACCCCUUCUUUUUGGUUUUGACGUCACCCAUUUCCACCUGGGAAUCUCUGGUGUCAAGCCAGAAAGAAUGAGGCAGGUAUAUGCCUCUUCUUCUGAUAUAUAAUCUAUAUUUUUUUAGGAAAACAAAAACCGAAAAAUCUACCCCAUUUGGGUAUUGUAAUAGCUACUCUUUCUUCUUCCUCUCUUGACCAUAUCCCAGACCUUCCUCACUGCCCACUUCUUCAUCCCAAUACACAAAGAGUCUAGAUAAGGAAGUUAACAGAAAUCCAACUGUUUCCUGAUCAGUCCAGGGCAGCAAGCAGACAGACUCCAGGUACGCAAAAGAUCUUAUACACAGCGGAGAUGCAACUGUGUGUCUAGACCAGAUGGUCUAUGUUUGCAUGUCAAAGUGAGGGAGGGAAGGGACAGACUGCAGAAGUGGAUCUGAGAUGACAGUUUCCCAGCCCCAUGACGCUUGGGUUGACCAGAUGUUCCAAAGCCUGGAGCAAGCAUCCAGGUCAGAAUAACUGAACUUUCUGAGUUGGUGAAGACUUAAACAUCUGCCUGAGGUCAGCAGGCAACCUGCCUGUCUGUAUAAAAGCUCAGAUGAAGGGCUGAGAUGAACGUCUUUCCUCUCCUGCCUCCCAUGAGACAUCCUCCAGGCGAGUUUGGCUUGGAGCUUGUCAGUAUAUAAGCUGGAGAAAUACACACAGCAUACAUGAUCCACAGAUAUAGCCAAGUAGAUUUGGAUAGAGAAUACUAUUUCCAAAGUAGUGUUUAGCUCAUCUAGGAGGACGUGUUUAUAUACACAUUUGCAUAUACCCACAUGGGAUUAUGAGCUAAUUUUUUUUUACAGGACACAGAAUUCUGUUCAAUGCUGUUAAAUAUGCCAAUAGUCUAAUCUCUUUUGUUGUUGCUUGUUUGAAGAAAAUCGUGACAUUCCAAGUUGACUUUUUUUCCAUAUGAAUUAAAAUUUGAAACCCUGAACACCCUCAGCACCCUCUUGUCCCUAUAAUUGGGGUCACCUGACCUUUGACCUUUGUCCUUUUAUCUUUCUGCUUUGUGUUUGGGGUGGGGAGGCUUCACUUAACUGCCUUACUGGCUGGCGGACGGCAGGUGAGUGCAAGUGUGGGUCAGGGCCUUCACGUAGGAGGGACAGCUGCAGAGCAUCCUGCCUCAGCUGAAUGCCACCUCUCCUGGACUGGGGGACAGCAUGCCUUCCCUCAGCUUACCAGUGAAUGAACACCACCACCUGAGGUUGUCACCUCCUGGAAUUAACAUGGAUUGGUCACUGGGGAAGCCAGGCUCUGCCAUUAGCUAUAGGCCUUUUUUUCUUUUCUUUUCUUUUUUUUUUUUUUUAAAGAUAAAACUAUAAUAUAAAUUUUCCUAUUAAAUAAAAUUAUUUUAAAUUUUAGUGUCAAAAUGAGAUACCAAGUGUAGGUAAAUGUGUAUUUUACAGAUUGAGAUGGUGGGGUGACACAACAUGAUUGCUCUGUGUCUCUUUUCAGAUCAUGGGUCUGUAUCCUCUGUUAGUAUUUGUAUCUUCAGUUCAUUCCACUUUAGGAAACAGAGCUGCCAAGUAAAACAAGAGAAAAAAAAGUAGACAGGUUGUGGUGUCUCCCACAUAGCAAUGCCCUGGCCAGGUGUUUGGUGGAAUCUCAGAGCAGGAACAGCUCAGGCACUGGCUGUCUGCUUUCUUUGGGGUCGAUUUUAUUCCCAUGUAACUUUUCCCUGUGGUCAUGCCAUUUGACAAAGGGGAAUAGGAGGUGUGGCCCUUUCUAUGGGGCUGAGUGAGCAGAGGUUGCUGAGGUCAGCAAGCCAGUGGUUCUUAAGGAGUGAGCCUUAGACUUACUGUUUGGGGUCUGUAUUUCAACCUCAAAGUCUCUCAAGGUAGAGCUCCUGACCCAUCCCAUACAAGUGCCCUCCCAUGUAAUUCUCAAUUCCUGUGUGGUCACUCCCACUCCCAAAGGGAAAGACUUGAGGAGGCUUGAGUAUGCGGCACCUGCAGAAUAAAUCAAUUGACAGAACUAUGGCCCCAGUCAGCUGGUGAGGCCCUGGUGAGAGGUCCUGGGCAAGGAAGGGUCUUUUGCAAAGUCAUACCAUCGGAGGGCGGCUUUUGAGCUUUCUAUAAGCUAUAGCUUUGAUAAUUUCACCUGUUCACUUACUGUAUAAUUUAAAGUCAUUUAUGUAGCUGAGACACUUCUAUAUUUCAAUCAUAUCGUGAAUGUUUUAUUUUGCUAAAUCUUACGCCACGUGUAGGCUGUCAUAUGUGUACAUUGUGUUUAAGAGAAGAAAAAACAAUGAAACCCACAUGCUGCCAUUUUCCUGACUCAAAUUCUACAGUGGAAUGGAGGGUAAAGCACUGGGACUCGGACACACAGCUAGACUGGCGAAUCCACAAAUAUAUAGAACUAGAAACAGAAACUUCUCCAGCCUCCUCUCUGUGGAAUCCCAAGGGUUUCCCACAUAGGAAGGAGAAGAAAAAACAAAAAUCCAGAAAGUAGGCUCAAGUCCUUGUUAUGUAUCAAUUUUCCCUUGGCCAUUUGCUACCCACUUCUACCCUAUGUACUUAGACCUUUCUCCCUCUUACCCUGGAAGCCAUGAUUUCCCCUGGGAGUUCUAGAGCCAUGGUGACUGAUUCCAAGCUUGUUUUGUUUCCCCAACCAAGGAACUCCCAUGCAUAGUUUCUUGCUUCCCAGGCUGGUGCUCUGCUAUAGCCAGGGUGGGGAGCACAUGGAGAGCCCAUCUCCUUACCCUCUCCAGCCCUGCCAUGCCACACAGUAACAAAACAGCCCACAAGCACCAUGUUUCAUACCAUGCCUCCCGAACAAUGAAAGAGACCAUUGACUUAUUAGAAUGGCUCUGUCUAGGAGGAAAUGUGGGCCCAGGAGGCACUGCCCUCCCCUGCCUCAUGCCAAGAGAGCAUUCAAGUGGUUGGCUCCCAGCUAUGCAAGUAAAAUCAUCACUCUAGUGUUUGUAUCAGAGAAAAACAUGUUUUAAGAAAGGUCUAAUGGCAGAAGCACAAUGAAAUGGGAGAAGGUAGGAGAGGAAGAGCUCAACAGAUCCAGGGGCCUCUUGGUGGGGAGAGGAGGAGAGGAGGAAAGAAAAUGAUGCUCCAGGGGCCAGAGGACCUUAGAUUCUCCGUGUUCCCUUUUUCCUUUAGCCAGUCGGCUGUGCUGAAGCCAGAAAUGAUGGAGAGAAACCAACUUCAGAGAAAACCCUAUCUAGAAGGAAUGUAUUUGUUGCUAAAUUUUGUAGCACUGUUUACAGUUUUCCUCCAUGUUAUUUAUGAAUUUUAUAUUCCGUGAAUGUAUAUUGUCUUGUAAUGUUGCAUAAUGUUCACUUUUUAUAGUGUGUCCUUUAUUCUAAACAGUAAA